AUGGGGACUCUGUUAGGGACCUUACUGCUGUUAGCAGCAGUCAGAAGCGUGGCUGCCCUGUCCUGUCUCCCGUGUGACCGCUCGCAGUGCCUGCCGCCUCCCUCCUGUCCGGCUGAUGUCGUCAAAGACGUCUGUGGGUGCUGCGCUGCUUGUGCAAAAGUUGAAGGGGAGAGGUGUGGUGGACCAUGGGGAAUAACAGGAACGUGUUCGUCAGGACUUACCUGUAAUAAAGACCCAAAUGACUUCAACGCAGAUGGCGUCUGUGUAGUCGACGGAGCCCAACAAUGUCCGUCUGGAAGCAGCUGGAGUUACUGCGGCAGUGCGUGUCCCGCCACAUGUGAUGAACAGCCGAUGUUCUGCACUCUGCAGUGCGUCGCCAGGUGCGUGUGUGACGACAGGACUCACGUGUGGCAUAACAAUGUGUGCAUCCCGCCUGGCUCCUGUCCCAGGCAGUUCUGUGAGUACAACGGAAGGCGUUAUAAGGUGGGAGAGUCCUGGGGUGUGAGAGAGACAGCCGGUAAGAACUGCCUGUGUGACGGGCGGGGGGAGAGAUGUCUGUUCGUGGACUGCUCACCGGGAAGUGAACACUACUUGACCACGGCAGGCACCUGGGACUGCAGGCCUGUCCGAGGAGGUACGUGCCCCCGUGGGUACACAAAGCUCAUGCACACCAGCGGCAAGUCUCCCUGUUACCGCUUCGCCAGGAAGCCGGCGACGUACGGCGAGGCGGCGGCCAGCUGCCGUGCGGACGGGGGACGACUCGUGACUAUCCGCACCCCCCUCGCACAAUUCAGGGUCACGAUUUUGGCCUUCUUAAAGAUUCACGCGGGCUCAUGGAUCGGGCUGAGCGACCGCGGGCGGGCGGGGACGCUGGUGUGGAGUGACGGCGUGAAGUACAACGGACGUCGGUACAGCCACUGGGGCCCGCGCUACUGGAACACACCCGGCUAUAACUGCGUCUACCUGGUCCAGCCGCUGUACCGCUGGCAGCGGGGCAGGUGCGGCUUGAGGCGCGCGUACAUUUGCGAGUACAACCCGUACAACUGACUCCGAGCCAACACUGCACAGCCCGUGAAUCGAGUGGGCUUCAAUCGCAUGCUAAAUCCAAGCUCUAUAUAAUGUCAAUGCUAAACCGUAGAGUCUGAUUACAUCUAAUUUGAGAUUUUAAAAACUAGCUAAGAAGCUAGACUGAUGAGUAAGAUGCUGCCAACCGAAUCUACAGCAUCAUUGGCAAAUUACGCUAAACUUAACAAACAGCAGUGCCAGUAGGAACUAGGCGUGCUGUUAUGACAUGUUAACCAUGUCAUACAUUGAUCAUGUUAGACUUAAUGCAUUUUAUGUUUCAUCAUACAAUUCUGUUCAUUCAUUAUAAAGCAAUAUAUAAGAGGAAAGGUCAGGUCCCAUAUGGUCUGCCUGAUUGUAGUUUUAUCAUUUGUAUCGAUGUUGUUGUUUUUUU